GGUUACAAUUCUAACUACAUUUACUUCAACCAAGGACAAGAAACAAUGCCAAAUGGCUUGGGACUUGGUGGACAACUAGAUUAUUUUGGACUAUGGAUAGAUUAUACAUUUAACAAUGGUCACAGUAAAGCAGUUCCUAAAUGUACAACAUAUGGAAGUCCACAGCUGUCAAAAAAUGCAGAUUUUUCCGUAGAUAGUAUUGAAGUAUGGGCUGUAGGACCAGAGAGGAAAAAACAUGACUCAGAUGAUGAGGAAUCCCGGGUGAGCAUAUUGGGAUAAAGAUAGUGGCGCUAAGGCAUUACUGGAACUGGCGGUAAAAAGCAGCAUUCCGAGGGUAUCCGAGACCUUGAGAGGACGAGGCCCCCUUGACGGAGGAAAUGAAGAAGAAAAUGAACGUCAUUCCAAAAAUGAUGUAGAACUUAGAAUAUAUUAGCAAUAUAUCAGGGAUGUGGUUUAUGACAUACAGAUAUUUUCAUAACCAGAUAAUAACUGUAAUUGACUGUGACAGAGGUGAAAAAGGAUGGAACAAAAUGGAAACAGGUGGUUAUAAAUUAUUAGAACAAGCUUCAUUUAUAUGUGAUAAAACUUUGUCAUUCAAAUUUUGUGAUAAAGAAUAGACAAUUGUAUAUAAGAUAGAAUAAUAUAAAAGUGGAGUAAAUUGAUUAAAAGGACUUCUAUGCGAUACAUAAGAAUUGAUCUGUGACAAGAGAAUUAGCUAAUGUGGAAUAGGAGUUUCUUUUGAAAACAGCGAGUGAUUUUUAUGCAACAGGAAAAGUUAUGUUUAUUGUAGUUGCUUUGAAUAAGUUCUAACUUUUAAAGGCUUUAUUAGUUAAGCACAAUUAAAAACAAUCUAUAUCAAGACUUGAGUAUUUCCAUGGAGUGCUUGCAUAUGACAAUUGUGGGAGUUACUUGUAGCAUUUGUUGGAAAGACAUGGCAUUUUUGGUUUGGGCCAUAGUAGUUGUCAUAAUACACAUCUACAUGUAUAGACUAACUAGAGUUAGCUAAGUUUCACUGUUUUUAUCAGUAUGAUACUAGGAAUACUGCCUGAAAUUUGUACACAUGACAGAUACAUAAGUUAUUAUGUUGUAUAAAUAACAUAUGACAGAUAUAGUGAUAUGUUAUAUUUAUCA